AUGCAGGCGAUAUGCAGGUACAGGGACCCCAAGAGAUUGAGGGCCAGGCCGGGCCAGGCCAGCCACCGCCACAGAGCGUGGGAGAAAAAGAAAAGGGACAUGCACGUACGAGACAGGACGAGAAACAGAGAAGUCCGCAGGUGUGGUCAGGGCCUCGUUUUGCCGAAGGGUAGCGCGGCUUCAGACCACCACAGACAGACAGGACACAUACAGUAUGUAAGUAUACACGUCAGGCAGUUAGCCCGUAGUCAACCCGCGAAAGACGCCUAUAUAUGCCGCGGCUGGCGCUUCGCCCGGGGCUUUUUCAACACCCGGCAACUGGACACGGCAGGACCGGGACCUGGCAUGAGGUGAAGAGGCGAAGGUCAAGCAGUACUCCGUGUGUAUGUCUCAUCUGUCCAUCGGAAGGGAUAGCCGGCAAGCUUCGCCGCCGGCCGCCCGCCAAGCGUGUUUGGCCGUCUUUUGGUUUCGUACAUGGUCCGAGUCCUAAAGACGAAGCCGGAGAUGGGUCCGGUUCGGACCCGUGGGAAUCAGCGGUAGGACUGCGCAAGGCCACAGUAAGCGGCAGAGCAAGAGCUCCAUCGCAGCCCGAGAGCAAGAUUCGCGGGCAAGGCAUCCAUACUACCUCCCACCAAUCUUCAAGGAGAUCAAGAAGACUCAUCCGAAAACUCUGUCCACGAGCUACUUCCGCCCAUCCAUACAUACGUCCGUACGCACGCACGCAUGGCCGGCCUACUGUGGCAGGUGCGGAGUCAUAGUCCGAGUCCGCCAUGCAGGCGAAGAUGAGCCGUGCCACUGGCUCGGUAUGGGUUCAAAGCCAUAGCAAGCCACAACGCCCCCACAAACGUACCGUUUUGAAAACUUUCAACUCACUCACCAGCGGCCCAAGAAGACUACUCGCAGAUUUGAA